AUGAAACACAGUGCUACGUCUCGUCGAAAUCAGGCGCCUCGAAGAUGCCCAAAGGUUACACUCAGUAAAGAAGCACGAGCAGCACUCAAGGUUGCACAGCGCGACAAGUCUCGCAAAUUCAAGGAAGCCCUUGAUGAUGCUUGGGACCAGAUCAACGAUGCUACAAAGACUAUCGCUGGAUCUCACCAGAAGAGCAUCCGACGAGUCCAAAAUCAGUUGUACUUUGGUCGUGGUCUGCUACGCUCAAAGCGCUCGAAGCCAAAUCUCUGGAACACGUUUUACUGGAAGAAAAGCCAGGAUAAAGAAAACCAUGGUGAAGGUAGAGCUGCGCUUCAGUCCCUAGUCCACCAUCAUAAGGAAGCAUACCAUGCACUGUCAAAGCAAGAACAGGAGGACCUCUUGAAGGAGUUCGCAGAGCAGAGGGAGACUAAGACUCUUGGUCUGCGCAUCUCGAUGAAGUCGAAGGUGAACGAUAUCACUCAGACCUUAAAGGCUGUUGAGAAUGAGCUCAACAGUCUUAAAUGUCGCACUGGCGCCGAGAGCAUUUUAUUCACAACGCGUGGCUCAAUGGAUCUCCCUUUACGUGGAGUCACCUUCGCCACUGAGGGAGUUCAAAAUUUCAUGGGCUUGGUGAUGGGGAUUGAUAAUCAAGAUUUCAUGAGCAAGAUGGAAGGCUUUGCCAUACAAGGGAUGAAAGGUGCCGGGAAAAAUCAUCAACAGCUUGUCUCUGACAUGCGUGCCUCAAUCCGCCAGCUCAUUAAUGUCAAACUCCAAGAGAUCACUGGCAAGCCUCGUGCCGCCAUGCAAUGGACGCACUACUUCUGUAAUGUGGUUCAACGUUAUCAGGUCGUAAUUGAAGGGUGGCCGGAAAGCAUUGAGUUCACAAACCUCAGCAAUGUGUCUAGCGCACUCCCAGAUCUCAAAAUGCUCGAGCGGCAGUGGAAGUCAGGUGCUACAAAAUGGAUAACCAUCAAUGAUGAUGAGCUCAAGAAACUUCGUCUCGAGCGCGACGAGCAGCUUGAUAACGGUGAGAUCACUGACCAUUGUCGACGCACUCGCUCUGACAAGGGAAGGAAGCGCAAACAACCUCCAGCGUCUCAGAAGGGAAAUACUAAUUGGCACAAGAUUCACAAGAGUGUGGAAUUCCUCGAGAGCAGCGACAAGGAAAACGAGCCUGACCAGCCCCCAAUUGCCGCUACUAGUCCUCCAGCACAGUCUGCCACUGCGCCCUCAGCAGAUGAGUCAGGACCGAGUACUCACCCUGCAGAGCAGUUCAACGCUCUGGAGUUCCCUCAGUUCAACACCCACGAGUUUGCUAAACUCAAUGCUCACGGGUUCGCUGCAGGGUCCAAUCUUCCACCUUUUGACCCUGAUGCUGCCUUGGCUCACCUCGACAUGUUGUUCGGCCCAGAUAACUUCCUUGAUUUCAGUGGCACCAUCUGA